AGCCAAAACCAAAGCGCCGCAGAAAAAAAACACGCUCGCCAUGGCGCCUUCGGUGGCGCCUGGUCGGGGCCUGGCGCUGCGCGAGCGCCUGGCGCUCCAGGCGGAUCUGGCACUCACGGAGCCCGAGAACCCGCUGCGCCGCCUCAUGGAAGCACCUAGCGGCAGCCGCGAGGAAGACAAGCAGCGGUUGGAGGAAGCGGAGCAGCUGCUGCUGCAACGCCCGCCCGCGCCAGCCAUUGAGGACAAGCCAAUGCACGAGGAGCCGAUGAACCUCGCCAAGCUGCACCAGGCGGCGAUGGAUGGGGACCUUCAGGCCAUGGCCCGCAUGGACCUGCGGCUCCAGGGGGCCCUGGAGGAGGACGAGACCCUGCGGUCCUUGGCCGGCAAGGACUUCAAAGACCCCAAGGCGCAGGCGGCGCUGCAGCUCUACCAAGACUCCCUGGCCCUAGGCAAGGUGGGCGGAGACAUCGACAAGCAGGGCUUCCAGGCGGUGAUGCGAGAUGAUGCGGAGACUUUGCGGCAGCUUCUGGGCCGAGGCCUGGACGUAGAGGCCCAGAACGGGGGCGGGCACACGCUGCUGCAGCUAGCGAGGGAGCGGGGCAAGGAGCUUUGUGCUGAAGUGCUGAUCCGCGAAGGUGCCAAGCCUUGAUAUCGCUGCAACUCAGCCGAGUGAUCGCUGCACAGAUGCGAGUCGGAUCCCCCGCAAGGCUCAUGUAUUCGGGGGGGAUUGGGC